AAGAGGCACUGCACGUAACAAGUUGUUAUUUAUAUGCAUAUUCGGCAUAAUGCUAAUUCCACGAUAUCUGGCACGUCCUCUAUUCCAAUGGCCCUGCUAUGGCAGAUCUUCAAGAUAUAUGUCUCAGUUGUCGCAUGAUAAGGUGCGCAUUGUGGAGGUGGGUCCACGAGAUGGUUUGCAAAACGAGCCAAAGCUGCUACCCGCUGCUAUAAAAAUUGAACUAAUAGAUCGGCUGUCGGAAACCGGACUACAAACAAUUGAGGCCACCAGCUUUGUGAGUGCCAAAUGGGUUCCUCAGAUGGGCGACAAUUCGGAGGUAUUGCGCGGCAUACGCCGGGCGCCAGGCAUCAGUUAUCCCGUGCUGACGCCUAAUCUGAAAGGAUUUGAGAGCGCUUUGGAGGCGGGCGCCGAGGAGGUGGCUGUAUUUGGUGCUGCUUCUGAUGCCUUUUCGCUCAAAAACGUCAAUUGUACAGCGGCAGCAGCUAUCGAGCGUUUCAAGCCCGUCCUCGAAGCUGCCAAGGAACAUGGCAUCCGUGUGCGUGGCUACGUUUCUACAGUGGUGGGUUGUCCCUACGAGGGCGCUGUGCCGCCCCAGGCUGUGGUUAAAGUGGUGACAGCGCUGCACGAGAUGGGCUGCUAUGAGAUCUCGCUGGGCGAUACCAUUGGCGUGGGCACGCCGGGCAGCAUGCGCAAGAUGCUGGAUGAGGUAACACGAGCUGUGCCUGCACAGCAAUUGGCCGUACACUGCCAUGAUACAUACGGCCAAGCACUAUCCAACAUUUUAACUUCCUUGGAGUAUGGCAUACGAGUUGUGGAUGCUUCUGUUUCUGGAUUGGGCGGCUGUCCCUAUGCACGCGGCGCUUCCGGCAAUGCAGCUACGGAGGAUGUCGUCUAUAUGCUGCACGGCAUGGGCAUAAAUACAGGCGUCAAUCUGGACAAGCUCAUUGAAGUGGGGCGCUACAUAUGCACAGAGUUGGGCAGAUCGUCUGAAUCUAAAGUGAAUCGUGCCUGGAAGGGUCCUCAGGGUAAAAAGUUAUAAACCUAUUCAUACC